ACAGCUGCCGGUGGAGACCGCGGCAGGUAGGCGGAAACUGCCGAGGCGGGCGGGGAGCGCCGAAGGGGCGCGCAGGAACGUCUGGCGGCCAUGGCGGCCCCAGGGCCCGCGAGUCGCUCCUGGUGCUCGUGUCCCGAGGUGCCCUCCGCCACGUUCUUCACCGCCCUGCUCUCGCUGCUGGUGUCGGGGCCCCGCCUGUUCCUGCCGCAGUCGCCUCUGGCGCCUUCGGGGCUGUCGCUGCGCUCCGAGGCCCUGCGCAACUGGCAAGUUUACAGGCUGGUGACCUACAUCUUCGUCUACGAGAGCCCUGUCUCCCUGCUCUGCGGCGCCGUCAUCAUCUGGCGCUUUGCCGGCAACUUUGAGAGGACCGUGGGCACCGUCCGCCAUUGCUUCUUCACGCUGAUCUUCACCGUCUUCUCCGCCGUCAUCUACCUGUCGUUCGAGUCCGUGUCGUCGCUGUCCAAGCUGGGGGAGGUGGAGGACGCCCGGGGGUUCACCCCCGUGGCCUUUGCCAUGCUGGGCGUCACCUCGGUGCGCUCCCGCAUGAGGCGGGCCCUGGUGUUCGGGGUGGUGGUGCCUUCCGUGCUCGUGCCCUGGCUGCUGCUGUGUGCCUCCUGGCUCAUCCCUCAGACCUCCUUCCUGAGUAACGUCUCUGGCCUUCUGAUCGGCCUGUCGUAUGGACUCACCUACUGCUACUCCCUCGACCUCUCUGAGCGAGUAGCUCUGAAGCUUGAUCAGAAGUUCCCCUUCAGUGCCAUGAGGAGGGUUCCCCUGUUCAAGUACAUCUCAGGUUCUUCUGCUGAAAGAAGAGCAGCACAGAGCCGGAAGCUGAACCCUGCACCCGGCUCCUACCCCACACAGAGUUGCCACCCUCAUCUGACCCCAAGUCACCCUGUCACCCAGAUGCAGCAUGCCAAUAACCAGAAACUAGCCUCCUGGCCUCCCGGUCACAUGCCCAGCCUGCCUCCAUACCAGCCUGCUUCUGGCCUGUGUUAUGUGCAGAACCACUUUGGUCCUAACCCCAAUGCCUCCAGUGUGUACCCAGCUCCUGCAGGGACCUCCCAGGGGCUACAGCCUCCCUCCUCCAUCAGUUGUCCUGGCACUGUGUAUUCUGGGGCCCUGGGUACCCCAGGGGCUACUGGCUCCAAGGAAUCAUCCAAGGUCGCCAUGCCCUAGCCAGUCUGCAGAAAAGGCACAUUGGGCAGAGAAAGGUCUACCCGAGCGAGGAAUGUCUUAAGAGUUAUUUAUUGAAGCCAGGGCGUGCUGGCCUGUCAUCCCGCUGCUUGGAAGGUCAAGGUCUGUCUGGGCUCCAGAGCAGUUUCAAGGCCAGCCUAGGCUGUGUAUAUCACAAGACUCUAUAUUAAAACUAAUAAAAAUAGGUGGGCCUGGGGCACUGUGGUAGAGUGUUUACCUAGAAUAGUCAUCAGCUCCACAAAGGAAAAAAAAAGGAUUAUUUAUUAAAUACCUCUGUUGAGUACUUCCAUAAAUGUCCCUAUAUAUCUGUGUCGUCUCCCCUCAAGGCAGCUCUAUGAAGUAAAGUUUACUGGCCCAGCUUUCAGACACAGGAAAUAAAACUGGGUGUGGCGAGCCAUGCCUGUAAUCAGCUGUGAUCAAGGCGGGAUGGGACGUUGAAGGUCGUCCCCAGCUACUAAGUGGGUCUGAAGCCAGCCACCGCCUACGUGAGGAGUAGGACAGCCUGGGAUCCCAUGGAGUCUGAGGCUCUGCAACCCCUGCUGGAAAGUGCGGUUGUCAUCGGCACCCGUGGGUCCUUGCUGGUGUCUGGUGUGCCUGGGACAGUCUGUGACAUCGUCUUCCCCUCCAGCCCUCCCUGUCCUGACUUCUGCCAGGCAGUGGUGACCUGCAGCAGCGUGCUGGUGGUCCUUGCUGUGAGUUAACCUUCAUAUAAACCAGCCUCCAACCUGCCA